AUGACCCAAGAUCAUAUAGCCAAGGUGCUGGGGGAGGCUAAAGUCCCUUGGAACCCGGAGCACGAUCUAGGAGGCCUGGUUCGUAAAUUUGAGACUAGGGGCACCGGGGAACCGUUCAGGCACGCACUAGUUCAAAUUGCGCAGUACAUGCUCGAGUUAAAACUGAAAUAUAGGUUCUUGACAACGUACGAACAAACGAUCUGUCUUCGAAAGGUCGACAUCUGA